AUGCCAAUAUCCGAUAGUUGCCUAUUACUAAGUCCUGCAGCAACGGACGGGGCCAUGGCAAUUGAGAUGGGUAGUCGCUCUGAUGAACCAGUAAAGGGAUCUGAGGCGAUUUCACAACAAUCUGAAGCCCCCCCUUCCAUGGGAGAGGCACGGAUGAAAUCAUCAAUUCACGUUACUGAUUACAGUGAGACAAGCGAAUGGCGGAAGAGAAACGAAUCUCCAGCGUCCAACGAAAGUAUGCAACAAAGUGUCACCGAGGAGGAGACGAAUGGGUUGAGGGCACCGAAACGGAAACUUUUUGCGAUAGAAAGUGAAAGGCCCAUUUUGGAAACGGAAGAACCAGGCGAUGGACCUGAUUCAGUUGAUAUUGAAAAGCUGACCGUGCCACUACAUGAAAGAAUACGGCAGGUUGAGCCUUUGGAUAUUAGCUACACCUCUACCGCUGCCUCGGAGAAUCUGAGAGGUGUGCUUAUUGCAAGAUUACACGACAUUUAUGAAUUUGGAAGAAUACAAGUGAUUGACCUAUCACGUAGAGGUCUUACCGAUAAAGAUGCUGAGACUGUAGGAAUGGCGUUGAGGAGUAACCCGCAGCUCGCGGUUUUGAAACUCGGAUACAAUCGUAUUGGAGAUCGAGGAGCAGCUAUUAUAGCAGCCUGCAGUUCCAGAGAAGGAAGGCAUCACCAAAGCUUGUCAGUACUGGACUUGGGUUUCAACUGCAUAGGAGAUGAAGGCUGUACAGCCAUCACGUUGAACAUGUUGGCCGGUAAUCACACAUUGCGAAACCUUUUCUUGUCAGGGAACGUCAUUAAGGACGGGGGUGCUAUCGCAACUGCUGGCGCUCUUCUUCAUGGAUGCAGUUUGACGCGGCUACAUUUAUCAGCAAAUGAGAUAGGGUACGAUGGAAUGAAAAUUCUUUCAGGGGCAAUUGGUGAAAUGGACAAGCGGAGGCAGCAAAUAGUCAAUCGUCCAGGAGGAGUAAAGACUGCAGUCCAACCGGCAACUCUUGAGGAGCUGCACUUUGCUGACAUCAACCUCAAGGAUGAAGGUAUUGUUGCCCUUUCGGGUAUGCUUCUAUCGAAUACAGGUCUUUGUGUUCUUGAUAUAAGCAACAACCGUAUCGACGACAAGGGUCUAGCUCUAUUGUCCCAAACGCUCGCGCAAAAUAAAUCGAUACCACUAAAGAGUUUGUCCCUCGCAUUCAAUAAGAUAACUUGUGCGGGAGUUGAAUGUCUCAUGAAUGCCAUCUGGGGUUCAAAGACACUCAAGGAACUAAAAUUGGACAAUAACAAAGUGCAAGAUCGUGGAGCGCAGCUCUGCUCGGUUGUUCUCGGUUCUGUCAGUCUUGAAAAGCUAGAUAUCAGCUACAACUCGAUAUCGACUGUCGGAAUCAAAGCUUUGAUGAAAACGCUAUCAGAAAACAAUACUCUGAAGAUCCUCGCUCUAAACGGUAUCCCAAUGGAUCAGAAUUCAUCAAAGGCCGUUUCGUAUGCGCUUGCCUACAACUCAUCGCUUGAAUCCUUCAGCAUAUACAGUUGCUGCAUCGGGUACACUGGUCAAAGACACAUUGCUGCGGGAGUUGUUUCUAAUCGGAAUGUCAACCUACGGCGGCUAAAUGGUUUCACUCUCGGUCCCAUUACGUCGACUUUGGGCUUGCCACAGCUACCUGAGGACUGGGGAAACGAACGGGUGCUCGGAUUUGUCCGCUUCAUGUGGGCACAUUGGAGUGCCCAAAACCCUGGCUCUGGCGUACAAGGCGAGGCAAGGGGACCAGCCCCUCCUACAGCAGUGGCAGCAGCUGGUAAAAAAGCAUUUUCGUCACUAAGCGAAUCUGAUGAAGCCAGGACACAAUUUCAGCAGCAGCAAGGUUUGCACAUUGGAGAGUCUCCCAUAAUUGAUCCUGACACUGCGAUUCUCGUUCGGUCAAUAUCUGGAAGAAAUUUGCAGAUUCCCGAUUGGGGGGAUGGAGACGAUUUUGACAAGUCCGAUCUGGACACUGAGUCUUGGUCAUCAGAGACAGACUCGCUCGAUAGAUCAUCGUAUGGAGAGUCGUCGGUGGGAUCACAGAAUAAUCUGCUAUCUGGAGUUAAUAAAGAGAGCAGAAAUCGAAACCUUCAGUGGCUUCGUGUACACUCACAAGCGUUGCAAGACGUCGGAAACAUAGCAUUCAGCAAUGCGGAUCUAUGGUUUCUACAUCAGCACUUCUUUUCCCCUCCUUACGAUGAGAAUGAUCUACUUUCUGACAACCCUGAGCAAAAGACCGGAAACGACACGCCAAAAAGCUCGGCAAGGACAAGACUUCCAACUACCGCAUCACUGGUUGUGGUGCAUCAAGCCCGUAAUUCAGGAAAUGGACCUACAAAAUCUGCGAAGGUCAAAAACGAUUGGAACGACAUGUGGACAACCGCAGAGCGGCCAAACAAGAGAAUAUCAGGAGAAGAAAACAGCUCUUCGGCACCUUCGCCGAAACGAGCUAGGAAUUCUAAACCGCGCAUUGCGUACUACCCCCGCGUCAGAGAAAAGCUUGAAUCGAUGGGAGACAAGCCAUCCGCACAAACUCUGUCUCUCUUGAGACAGUUGAAGUACCUUGAGGCCAAGCUGUUCCCAGGAAGAAAUAUUUACGUCGACAAGGAAAAUAAGGAAGUUCAAGACGAAAGUCCAAGUACUGCUGACGCUGAAAUGAUUCUCCUCGAUCUUAUCUAA